GAAGUUGUCUCCUCCUCCCAGUAACUUCGAAGCCAUCCUGCUGCGGCCGACCUUCGGGUGCCAUGGCUCAUCUUCUGGAAUUCGAGACAGCGCUGAAAGAAGUGGUGAACGCAAAACGACUUUCAGCCUCAAAGAUGAACAAUUUGACGGAGAUCGCUCUCAAGUCUAUGGCGGACGACACUCAGCUCGUCUCUAUCCUUUUUCGCACACACAAGUCGUUGCAAUCUGCUGCCAAGAUAUCGAGUCUCUACGUCUUUGACGCCCUGGCUCGAGCUGCACGUACUCAAGUUUCCAAGCAUGGACUGACUGGCGACAUCAACACCCAUCCUGGUAACUGCGCUACCUUCCUACUGAAGCUGGAAGGCAUUCUUGACGGCUUGUUCCAAAACAUGGCUUCCGUCCCACUACCAGAGGCAAAGGUUAGUCUCAAUAAUGCUGAUGCCCUCUUCGCCCCCUUCCAAGCCCUUUCUGCUGCGCACACAUGUCUUGAAAAGUCGAAAAAAGUUCUCGAUAUAUGGGUGAAAGGGAGCACGUUCCCUGCCUCCGUUCUAGCUCGGCUCAAAGAAGUGGUGAGCAACGAACCAGGAAAAGAUAACGGAGUAAAAGUGCCGACCGAUCCGCGUCUCCACGCUGCCGCACCUCCGCCGACAGUCAUACCAGCAUAUGCCGUGCCGCAGGCUGCUCCCAGUGCCGAUCCCCAGGCUACACUUCUCGCCUUGCUCACACAGGCUGCGGCCAACAACGCUGCUGCCCAAGCACCUCCGAUUCCGAUUGCUCCUCUACAGCCCAACUAUCAACAGGCCGCUUUGCUGCAGCAGCUUUCUCUCGUUGCCAGUCUUGGAAAUGUCUCUCAGCCUCCUGCUCCUGCAGCGAUUCCUGCCUAUCCUUCUGUAUCACCACCACCAUAUGCGCCCAAUGGGGGAGACCGUAGGGACCCGAGAGUCGAUGGGAACGACUAUCGAAGAAACGACGACCGAGCCGGCUUCCGUCGUGGCCCUCCUGGCCGCUACGAUAGCCGUGACCGCGACCGUGACUCUCGCGAUUACGGGCACAAAGACGACAGAAGAGGUGGCCGACGCGAUAGCAGAUCUCGCAGUCCGCCAAGCCGAUUUCCUGGGCGGCGCGAGGUCCGCCCCUACAGUCCGCCUCGUCGACCUUCUCUGCCCGAACCAGCACCGCCACAGCCCGUCGGACGAGCCCCCGCCAGGACCGCACCGGGGAAGGAUGAAUUCGGGAGAGAUAUCCGGCCCGCAUCGCCUUCCCCGGAACCACCUGACGAUCUUGUCGCACCACCACCGAAAUCUCCGCCCGCGCCUGUAGUCUCUCCGCGUGUAGAACGCGAGCCCGCUGAUGCGCCUGCUGCGAGUAAUCACGAUCAUCAGAUGUCAUUACCAUCCUCGGUAGAUGCUACAAGCCUUGUCUCGAAUAAAAUUCCGUCCAAGCAGGGCCUCGAGAGUUUUAAUCUGGCGACGUUUGAUUUCACUGCCGCAACUUCGUGGGAGACGCUUGGGAAUUUGUGGCAGGUCACACACGGUUACCCGCCGUCGACCGAGGAGCUCAUGGCUUUUGUCAUGUCCGGAGGCCAAAUGCAACCGUCCCAGCAGUUGUCCCACCAAAAGCAGCAGCAGCAGCAGGUGUCACAGCAGCAACAAUGGGGCCGUCAAGGCCAACCAAGUAGUCGCGGUGGAUUUCGGGGCAGGGGCGGCAACUUCAGAGGAUCGGGCAGAGGGAACCACGGUGGCGGGAACCACUACGGCGGUGGCUAUCGGGAGGACGGCGGUAGUCAGUGGCAGAGCAGUGGGUCCGGAGACACAGACGCGGUCGUACUUGGAGGCGGCCAGGAUAUCUCUUCGAUUCCCGACGCAGGCGCCUCUGGAGGACGGAUGCAGAAAGUGGGAGAGAAAUGGCUUUUUGUACGGGAAGAAUAAGUAUCUUUCGUUUAUCAUUAUUGUUUGGCCGCUAGUACGAUAUCCAAAUGCACGCAUAUCAGUAAAUGUUUAAAG